AUGCCUUUUUCGGACCCAUCAACUUCAUCCACCAGCUUCACUUCUUUGCCCCCCGAACUUCGCGUGAAGAUAUGGUCACGGGCCAAUGAGCCUCGCAUCGUUUUAUACGGUGAUCUAGCCCAAGGGAAUGGGUCUUGUCCGUUACCAACUGUUACACAAGUCAAUACCGAAGCGCGAGACGAAACUCGAUUAGGAUAUGAGCCAAUAGGCCGCGGAUCGUUCUUGGACUUUUCCAAAGAUAUCCUUGUUUGCGAUCAUAUGAUCUCAGACCAAGCAACAGACCAGUAUUUAGAUGAACUAGCGCCCCGUGUCAGACGGAUGGCCUUCUGGGAUUGUUUCCCCGAUGAUGGACGGGUGCAUAUGCCUCAUCGCUACUCCGCCUACCUAUCUGUGUGCUUCAAUCGACCGGGAUACUUUGGGAGAAUCGAGUUUGACCGAUGCUGGUUCCCUAACCUGGAUGAACUAUGGAUUGUGAAGGUGGGAGAAAUCGACCCACGCUGGCGGGUCCCUGUGAACAAGCAAGCGACAUACGAAUCUCGGCUCAAAGAGCUGGCAAAGCAAUUCAGGUACUGGGUAGAGGAUGAGAUCAUCGAGAUGGCACCUCUAGAUCUCAGCGACCCUGAUUCCCAUGCUGUUCUUUACGAAGGCCGUUGUGGAAAAGAAGAUUGUCACGAACUCAACCGGGGACGUACGAAGAUGGUAUCUAAGGUUGUGUUUCUCGAUGGAAAAUAUAAAGCUCCCGAUGACGGUCAGCAAUGGGUACGAAUCUUCCCAUUGCGGGCAAAAGAAGAAACCGGUGAUCAGAUCCAUGCAGAUGAGUUAAGAUGGGUUGCCAUUGAGAGAAUCUUGACCUUCAAUCUACAUCGCGAAGCCUGGAGCGAAGGUGGAAGGGAGAUCAGACGCCGCAGACAGUUGACUUGA